GAGAAGAGAUACGUGAUGGGGGAUGCCCCCAACUUUGACAGAAGCCAGUGGCUGAGGGAGAAAUUCAAUCUUGGCCUGGACAUUCCCAAUCUGCCCUACUUAAUUGACGGGUCACACAAGAUCACCCAGAGCAACGCCAUCCUGCGCUACCUUGGCCGCAAACACAACCUGUGUGGGGAGACAGAGGAGGAGAGGAUCCGUGUGGAUACUUUGGAAAACCAGGUCAUGGACACCCACAUACAACUCAUGAUAGUCUGCUGCAGCCCGGACUUUGAGAAGCAGAAGCCAGAGUUCUUGAAGGCCAUCCCUGACAAGAUGAAAAUCUACUCUGAGUUCCUGGGCAAGCGGCCAUGGUUUGCAGGGAACAAGGUCACCUAUGUGGACUUUCUUGCUUAUGACAUCCUUGACCAGUAUCGUAUGUUUGAGCCCAAGUGCCUGGAUGCCUUCCCAAACCUGAAGGACUUCCUGGCCCGCUUUGAGGGCCUGAAGAGGAUCUCUACCUACAUGAAGAGUAGUUGCUUCCUCCCAACACCUGUGUUUACUAAGCUAGCCAGGUGGGGCACGGAUUAG